UAGAAAUCUACCUACAUGUAUUCGGACUUUAUCAAAUUAUUAUUUGUUUCUUAUCUUUGUUUUUUUUUUCAGUCAAGAAAUUCCACACCACCAAGGGGUGAAUACAAUGUGUACAGCACCUUCCAAAGCCACGAGCCUGAAUUUGACUAUCUCAAAAGUUUAGAAAUAGAAGAAAAAAUUAAUAAAAUCAAAUGGCUUCCCAGGCAAAAUCACGCACAUUUCCUUCUUUCAACUAAUGAUAAAACUGUCAAAUUAUGGAAAGUAUCUGAAAGGGACAAGAAAUGGACGGGUUCGUCCAACCUGAUGGGGGAGGAUGGAAUUCUCCUUGAUCCAGCCAGUAUCACCUCCGUCAGGUUACCCAAGGUGGAACCCAUGGAGCUGAUGGUGGAGGCAAGCCCAAGGAGGGUGUUUGCCAACGCACACACCUACCACAUCAACUCAAUAUCCGUCAAUAGUGAUGGCGAAACGUACAUAUCAGCGGAUGAUCUCCGGAUUAACCUCUGGCAUCUAGGCAUCACCGAUCAGAGUUUCAAUAUUGUAGAUAUAAAACCAGCCAACAUGGAGGAUCUAACAGAGGUCAUCACGGCGGCUGAGUUCCAUCCAAAGGAUUGUAAUUUAUUUGUGUAUAGCAGUUCCAAAGGAACUAUUAGGGUAUGUGACAUGCGCCAGUCCGCACUCUGCGACCAGAGCGCUAGAAUCUUUGAAGAACCGGAGGAUCCGAGCAAUAGGUCAUUCUUUUCAGAAAUUAUUUCAUCAAUAUCAGAUGUCAGGUUUAGUCACAGUGGUAGAUUUCUUAUAUCAAGAGACUAUCUUUCAGUAAAGGUGUGGGAUCUUCUUAUGGAUUCCAAGCCAGUAGAAACCUUUCCCGUCCACGAGUACCUUCGAAGCAAGCUAUGUUCUCUCUAUGAGAAUGACUGCAUAUUUGACAAGUUUGAGUGUGUAUGGAAUGGCUCAGACAGUUCAAUCAUGACAGGCUCAUACAACAACUUCUUCAGGAUAUUUGACCGCAGCACGAGUCGUGACGUCACCCUGGAGGCCUCCCGCGAGAACACGAAACCUCUCCAAGUGCUGAAGCCGCGGCGGGUCGGCACCGGCAGCAAGCGGAAAAAGGACGAGAUCAGCGUUGACAGCCUGGACUUCAACCGCAAGAUCCUCCACACUGCAUGGCACCCGCGGGAGAACAUCCUGGCAGUAGCAGCUACAAAUAACUUGUACCUCUUCCAAGAGAAGCCUCCCAGCUAAGCCAUGGCCUUACUUGCACCACCUUUACUGUAGUCUCUUUGGAAAUAUAGAAUCACCCUCUCUACAUAGAGAAAGAGAGGGACUUAUAGGUUAUUUGAGAAGUGAUUUGGGAAGGACAGAUUUAUGUUCAAGUGUUUGGGUAUUGGUCGGCAUGGCAUUGAGUGACUGGAACAACAAACAACUCCCAUUGGAAAUCAAGUCGGAUGUCUUGCUACGAAGACUGCAGUAUAUUACUUGCCUUAUGGAGCUCCAUAACGUAAAUAGUCCCCAUGUAAUCUCUUUAGUAUAUGACAGAAAUAUUCUCUGACAAACUUGACGGCAACAUACGUGAAUAUUAGAGAUGAAUUGUUAUAGAUAAAUACAAUACCAAAAUUACGUAAGAUUCAUAUUGCAUUGGUAAUAUAUUUGUGCUUUUCAGUUGUCUGUAUGCAAUUACUUUCCACUUUGCACAAAUGACAUGAUUUACAUUAAUAUUCACCAGCGCCCAGUCAGGGUUGGUGUUUAAAAAAAAACAAUAACAUCAUUAUCAGAAUGAUUUAAAAACAAUGUUUGUAAAAAAAAAAUGCCUGAUCAUAAACCCCCAUGUAAAGAAAAUGAUGCAAACUGCUAGAUUUGUCCUCUGGAAAGAAAAGAAGUUAUGAUACAAUAUACGUUGAUAUGUUACUUUCCCGUCUAACAAAGAAGGAAAAUAAUGUUGAUUUCAGUAUGGUAUUUAAGUAGCCUCUGAGCCUGAGGGAUACAAUAUGUAUGCUUGGUGAUAGAACUAUGUAUCUCAAACAAGUUGAAUGUCGAAGAAAGUAUAAGUCUGGCUACCUUAUCACGACAUCUCAUGUUUAAGUCUUCUUCACUUCUCACUAUUCUGAUGUCUUGACUAGGUAUGAUUUAAUUAAUCUUUCUUGAUAACCUUAUUUCCAAUCCAAAGGGAAAUGCUGUUUUUCUAUUUUUGAGCAGAUUCAUCCUUUUUUUCCAGUUAUAGGAGUUGGGAGGUCUGUAUACUGGCUCAUUUGUGGAGAAAAAUAAUUCUAUGGCAUUUGGACAGGAAAUGACUUUCUGGAACAGUCAAAAGGGACUUUCCCCAAAAUUUGAGGGACAUUGUCUGGUCACAUCGGGAGUGAUAUGCAAUGUAACAUGUCUGAGUAAGAUGAAGAUUCGUGAGUGUAUGAGUUGCAGAAUAUGGUUAGUGUGUGGUAUUUAGUCUCAUUGGUCAUCAAUGCUGAAGAGAAUUAGGUGCUACUUCACUGCUCACCAUAGAUGAUCACCAUACUGAUCAACCCAAUUGAUAAGAAAACUGUUCAAGAAAUGGCAUACCCCAAGGGGAAUAGAGAGAAACAAAGAAACAUAUUCUAUUUUAAGCAAGUGGAAUCAGACUGGUGUUUCAUAAAGCUGUUCCUAAUGUUACAAAUUACUUUUGGCAUGACUGGAACAUGUUCUUAGGUGCUAUAAAGUCAGCUACAUAGGGAUAUUUAGCACAAGAAAGGAUAACCAGUCAGGCAUACUUGUUUGUAAGUUAUGAACAGCUUCAUGAAGCACGUUUCAUGAAAGAAAUUGUCAGACGUUUUAUCCCACAAGUACUGUUUUAUCCAACAGUUACCAUGGUAACAGUGCCUCUCAGCCAAUCAUAAUCAAGGAAAUGUGUCGGACCUGACAACUUGUCGGACAAAAAUGUUGAUGAAACGCUAACUAGGAAUGGAGUUAGGCUUGGAGUUUUGGUUGAUGAGGCUGCUGGGAGAUGGUUUCUCUCUUAACCCUAAAAUGGCCGGGGGGGGGGUUGAAUCAACCCCCCCCUCAACAUUUUCUGCGAUCAUUCCGCCGCGCGAGAUUUUUUGACCGCGCCACUCGCAGAGUUUAUACUUUUAAGUCUCGCGCAUCUUUUGAGACCAAAUUUACGACACCCGGGUACGCGGUUCCGAAAUUACGCAACAUUUUGUAAGUGCAUGUCAGCCCAAAAAUUGUUCCAAAACGUGAUUUUGUGUACAAAGUCAAUGCAAAUUGAGUUUUCUCAUCUUAUUCAUAAAGAUAUGAUUAUUUUUACUUUAAACAGCUGAAAGCAAUUGAUUUUAGCAUAAUUAUGCUUCAAAAAGGUUAUGCAAUAAAUCUGGUGAAAAAAAAGAAGAAAAACAAAAGGUUGAAAAACAAAAAAAUACAUAAGAAAUUCAUAAAACAAUAAAAUACAUAAGAAAUUGAUUUCCAAACCGAAGUUUUUUUCAAUUGCCAUUGUUAAGAAUGCUACAAAGAAUAUUUUAACCAAAAAUUAGCAUUCUAGGGGCUUUAUUUAGUGAAUUAGAGCAAAAAGUAUGAUUUAUGCAUAAAUUAGCAUAAUUAAUUCAUAUAAAAUAAAAUCUCAUUAUUUUGGAAAAUUUUACCAUACAGCCUUGUAGAUUACAUCGCACACUACCAGACUGCAAAUUUUUGCGGCGCUCGCGCGAUCGGCGGUCGAGAUCUCAGGGGGGGGGUUGAAUCAACCCCCCCC